CCCAUCCUCGCCUUCUGUGACUGUGUUCUUUCUUUUUUUGCCUCAACCUCAAAAAAAUUUUAUGGUCUCCUGUCCUUUUACUUCCAAAAAAAAAAAAAAUCUUGAAGAUAAGUAAUGGCUCUCAAAGCCGUCCAUGUCUCUGACGUUCCCAAUCUUGAUCAAGUUCCAGAGAACUCCCCAUUAGCCUUAUGCUCCACCCGGUUUUUCAAAGGCGUUAAUUAUGAUGGUGAUGAUGAAGUAAAAUUUGGCUAUAAUCUCCCGAAAUUCAUGGUGAUUGGACACAGAGGUAGUGGCAUGAACAUUUUGCAAUCUUGUGACCCAAGAAUGAAAUCCAUCCAAGAGAAUUCCAUUCUCUCUUUCAAUGCAGCCUCUAAAUUCCCUAUUGAUUUCAUUGAAUUCGACGUUCAGGUGACUAAAGAUGAAUGCCCUGUCAUUUUCCAUGACAACUUCAUCCUCACUGAAGACGAGGGUGUCAUUGUUGAGAGAAGAGUAACAGAUCUCACUCUAGCUGAAUUUCUUUGCUAUGGACCUCAGAAAGAACCUGGAAAUGUCGGGAAGAAUCUCUUUAGAAAAACCAAAGAUGGGAGAAUCUUUGAGUGGAGGGUUCAAAACGAUGACCCUCUAUGUACAUUGCAAGAGGCAUUCAAGAAAGUAGAACAUUCUAUAGGUUUCAAUAUUGAAUUGAAGUUCGAUGAUCAUAUGGUAUAUACAGAGGAAGAAGUCACACAUGUUCUUCAAGCAAUCAUGAAGGUGGUAAACGAGUAUGCCAAUGAUAGACCUAUCAUCUUUUCAAGCUUUCAACCAGAUGCUGCACAGUUGAUCAGAAACUUGCAGAACACCUACCCUGUGUUCUUCCUCACUAAUGGAGGAUCCGAAAUUUACAUGGACACAAGAAGGAAUUCCUUGGAAGAGGCCAUUAGGGUGUGCUUAACAGGUAGCUUGCAAGGAAUUGUGUCUGAAGUCAGAGCUAUCAUUAGAAAUCCAGGAGUAGUGACUAGAAUUAAAGAGUCCAAGCUUUGCCUCAUAACUUACGGCCAAUUGAACAACGUACCAGAGGUGGCAUGGAUGCAACAUCUUGUGGGUGUUGAGGGAGUGAUUGUUGAUUUAGUUAAAGAAAUCACGGAGGCAAUUUCUGAUUACAUCAAACCAGCUAAGGACUAUGAUGAAGAUAGCUUAUUUGUAGAGGAAGCAGAGAAGCAAGUGACAACAAAGCCCCGAUUCACACAGCAUGAACUCUCUUUGCUGCUUCUGAAAAUUUCACCUGAGUUGAUACAAUCUUGAAAGCAAUAAUACAUACUAUAUAUAGAGUUAUCUCCUAAUGAUGAAACUUUCUCCAACUAUUAUAUUGUCCUCCCCUCCCUCAUUGAGAAAUUCUGUAUAGAGAUUGUCAUCUCAUGCUUAAUUUUGCAAUGACCACUGUCUCUAGUCUUUUACUACCA